AUGGCCGCGCAAUCAAAGUCUUCCAAACGCGUAUUGCGAGGAAUACUCCGAUUGAGUCGGACACCGCCCUUAUCCAAAGAGCUUGCCAAGAAAGAACCCGUGCAGAAUACCCAUCUCAACCCUACCCGUGCUUUCAUAUUGAAACGUUACCGAUCAGCGCAAAAUAUUACCGAUAAAGAGGAGAUUGCCAAACUGAAAGCGGUAGCUUACGAUUAUCUACAAUUGCAAAAAGACCUAACCGAACGGGCAAGAUUAUACGACCUGGACCGAGGAGCAGAAGUGGUCUUUACACCCAAAGAAAUGAGUCGCCGCGCCGCCGCUAGGUCAGGUCUACAGCUUCCCAAAUUAGAUCCCGACCUUGAGUAA